AUGAAUAACCCGCGAGGAUUUGAAAUCUUGUGGGUAAAGGUAAUCGCAAAACUGUAUCUCGGCGGCAAAUUUUCCGUCCGUCCUUGCUUCUAUUCAACUCCUGGUAAUCUCACGUCUCAAAGUCAACCGGAAGAUCCAUAUGUUCUUCUGUGCCUUUGCCCAUCACAAUCUUAUAACCUACUGUUCUUGUUUACGACUAGUUUAAAGGGUUCUCAAGAACAACAAGCUGAUGCUGAUCCAAGGCCACAGGAAGUUUCAACAAACUCAUGGUAUUCUCCCUCAUCAAACAAAAGUGCUGAUGAGUUGAGGAAACUUUUGUCUGACAAAGAGGCUUAUCAACAAUUCUUGCUUUCACUUGACCUUGUCAAAACUCCAAAUAAUUUAAGAGAUGAACUCCGGAAUGAAACUCUGCAACUUGCUAGAGAAAACUUGGCAAAAGAAUCAUGUAUGACAGAAUUGCGCAACCAGUGCAUGAUCAUAAGGACAACUGAAUUGGCAACUGCUGAAGAGAAGCUAAAUGAGCUCAACAGACAAAAAGCAGAAAUCCUCAGAUCUUACUCCCCAGCUUCUUUGUUACACCAGCUUCAAGAGCUGAUAAAUAAGACAGAUGAAGAAUCUGAAAUGCUGCAUAAACAGCUACUUGAAAAGGAGAUGGAUGUUGCAAGUUUUGUUCACAAGUACAAGAAGUUGCGUGUGGAUUACCAUAAACGUGCUCUCACACACCUUGCAGCCACUACAUCUUUGUCGGGUUAACCGGUUUCUUUUUUGAAGUUGAACAUUGCUACAAGUAACAUUUUGUAAUUACAAGAGAUUUCAUUUUGUUGCAUUUGUAAAUUUGUUGAAUCUUUGAAAAAGAACCAAGGUCUUGUUUGUUUUUGACUUAAAUGGGACAUGAAUUGGGUGGUGUUUGUUUUUUUGAGAAAGA